CAAAUAGAACAUCAUGGCCACUCAAGGAGGGAAGGGAUCAGUCCGGAAAUCAAAGCACAUUAUUUCCAAGACAUCUUUAAAUAGCCCAUAUCCCCUCCAGUGGAGUACCUUGGACGGAACAGAUAUGCACUUCAUACUAGACGCCUUGGAAGAUGUUAUGAAACAGGUUGGACUUAAAAAGAUAGAGUUUCGGAGGAAGAAAAAACCCUCUUUAUCAAAAAAGCAAGAUAAAGAACAAUGGCAGGAUGGUUCCAGCAAACCUCCAGAUAACAAUGAAAUGGAAGACGCUCAAGCACACGGUUGGACUGAUUUGGACAUCAGAGGCCAACUUGCUAUUGGGAUCAAUGAAGUAACCAGAGCUUUGGAAAAAAAUGAAUUACUCCUAGUGCUGGUGUGUAAGUCUGCCAAACCUGCCAUGAUCACGUCACACCUUAUUUUGCUCAGUGCAAGUCGGGCCAUCCCUGCAUGUCAGGUUCCCCGUCUCAGUGAAAGACUGGCACCAGUUCUUGGGUUAACAUCAGUCCUGGCACUGGGAUUUAAACGGAGCACUGAUGCCUUUGCAGAAGUGGCUAAAGCAGUCAUCCCACGGAUCCCUAGCUUGGAUGUGCCAUGGAUUCAGCACGGAACCGAACAGCCCCCCGUGAGUGAAGAUAUUCAGCCAAUGGAUCUACAGGCCAGUGAGCUGACUCAAUUAGAACCUGGAGGGUGCACCUCAAGCCUCAAGCAGAAGAGAAUGGACAGCGGCCAGCUUCUCUCUCCCACUGCAACGUUGCAAGUUCUCAAAGUUAAAAAAAUAAUUCCCAACCCGAACAGGAGAAGAAAACUUCCCAAAACUAAAAAACGGAUUUCAAAAUAACUGACUAGAUUGGCUUAGUCCCUAAAUUGGUAUGUGUGUUU